GAAAAAUAAUAGUAAUAAUUGUCCACUCCACAUUAUAAUCACACAGAUAAAGUAUAUGUGUGAUAUGUGCAUAGGGGGAUGUAAACGUAAAAGUCUGGCAGAGCCCUACUGCAUGAUAAACCUCACUGUAUUAAUAAAACCAUGACAGGACUCUAUCAUUUAGUAAAGAGGGAUUUCUGUAAUCUUAAUGAGUAUGUAAUUUGUUCCAUCCGAUAGUGGUCCCAGAUUUUUUGCCAUCUGGUGGUUAUACACCUUGUUGAAAAACCUCUUAAAGGGCAUCAAAUACUUACUCCAUACUCUCCACAAAACCACAUUUUUAAAUGAUGGAAAAUAAUAAUUAAUGCCAAUAUCUGAGCAAACGUCACUUAAUAUCAAAUUUACCUUAACAACAGUACAAGUGAGACUGUCUCUCUCACACACAUAUUCACACACAUAACACAAGAGAGGACUUUCAGAAGUCAUUUGGGCGUGACUGGUAAAUCUCAACGGCAACUGGCUCCACUGGCCCCAGCACCGUCAGGUAUCACUGCCAUCAAAACUCACAAAUAAAACGUUUCCACGGCGGCUGCAGCUCAACAGACAAAUAUAGUGACUGACAGGUGUCGCCAGAGUCAAAAAAUCACCUGUUCUGGACUCCCCCUUUCAUUUUCUAACAGUUCUGCCCUAGGAAAAAGAGGCCUGUGCGCUUGAAUUGGCACUCAGUCGGUUCAUCCACACCAGCUGCUCACACCUCACCCUGUCCAAUCGACGCUCCUGAGGCGCAGCGUCACUGCAGAGGCCAAACCGACCGGGCUUCAUUCCUCAAGUCACAUCAGUACAGUCGCAUGGUGUGGCUCUAAACCACAGUUGAAUACCAGUUUAGGCUCCAAAGAUAGCUGCAUUACGCAUGUAGGGCCCUUUGUUCCUGCUCACAGUACGGAGCGGUCGACUUCACAACUGUAGGAUGGUGCUGUGGCACCACGGCCAUCUUACGUUAACGGACAAAGUUUGAUCCCUGUGUUCAUCAGAGCACAACAGGUCAGCCAUCCUUGGUGAGUCAUCUUUUCCAAUGUGUAUUAGAGGAGGGGAGAUAACCAGACACAGAAAUUCAUCUUGACAUUGUAACCGUCACUUGUUCUCCGGCCCAACCAUGAGGGACAGACUGAGCAACCUGCAGGAACUGUCCAACGGCCAUGUGGAGCAGAUGGAGUAUGCGGAGUCCACUGUCUCCGAUGCCUUCAGUAACGUGGACCUGGAGGAGGAGUUGCCCCAUGAGGCAGUGGUGUUUGACAACAGCCCCGCUCUGGUCGAGGUCUUCUCCCAGUCACAGGACAUCCACAGAGAGAUCCAGCUCAUCCGCCUGGAGAACAAAAGGCUCCGUGAGCAGAACUCUCGCAUACUCCAGGGCGUCACCACCAUGAGCACUAUCAAAAGAGACUCCAAUGCUAUUGGUGCUGAUAUAAAGACUCGGGCUGAGGAUGUGCUGGGACGCCUGAAGGAAAUGGACAACACAGCCCACAAGCUAGAAGAAGAACACGGCUCAAAUUCCGCCGUCACACGUAUCGCCAGAACCCAGUAUGCUUGCCUCAGCAAUGGCUUCCGCGAUGCCAUGUUUGACUAUAAUGAGGCCGAGAUGAGCCAUAGGGAGAACUGUAAAGCCCAGAUCCAGAGGCAGAUGGAGAUAGUGGGACGUGAGGUGUCAGGGGAGGAGGUGGAGGAGAUGAUCGAGAAGGGUCAGUGGAACAUCUUUACUGACAACGUCAUGGCUGAGGGUAAAACGGCUCGAUCUGCUCUGUCCCAGAUUGAGAAACGCCACCAAGAGUUGCUGGACCUUGAGAGCCGUAUCCAGGGCAUCCAUGAGAUUUUCCUGGACAUUGCUAUGCUGGUGGAGGAGCAAGGCCCCAUGCUGACCACCAUCCAAACCAAUGUUCAGAAAACUGAUGAAGGCAUACAGGAGGCUCUCGUCAAACUGGGCAGGGCCAAACGUCAUGACAAGAACAACCCCUUUAGAAAGAUGUUUUGCAGCUGUUUCCCGUGUGUCGACUAAUGACUGAACAGGACAAAAAUGGGUAGAGGGAUGGCAAAAUAUGCAAAGAGAAGUGGAAAAUCUUAAUGACAUGAAAUAAUUUCUGUAUGUUUCACUGGCACACUUGUCUUACUGACCUGUAGAGCUGUAGAUAUAAAAAACAGGAAGUGAAAUAAAGGUUUUAUGUGUAUAGAGAGACAAUAAUGCUCAGAUAAAAUAUAAAAAAAUGUAUUUCAGUAAUUCAUUGAUGUCUGUAAUGUUUGUAUGAGAGGCUUGAGGCAGGUAUCUCAAAUCAGAAUUCACCCCCCCAUGACUGAGGUGUGGGGCAGACCUGAAACAAAUAGUACCUGAAAUUACUGUUCAUGUUUUUAUAGCCUGAUGAGUUUAUACCAAAUCACACAACUCAAAGAUUGAUGAUGGUGAUGUUUGCAGAUUAAUUCAAAGAUGGGAUACAUGUUUGUGUGGGUCAUGCUACCCAAACAAUGAUUUCUGAUGCAGUAAAUUAUCCAAGUAGUUAAGCUGAAAGAAAUGUUAUGAUAUGCACCUAAAACAUGUUCAAGUGUCUGUAAAAACAGAUAUCCUAGAUGUAUGGCUGAAAGGAAUUGUUUUAAAAAUUGUACAGCUUAUGGGGUUGAUUCAACUGUAAAUAUCUUCUGCCUUACUAUAUGUAUAAAUUAUGAAAUUCUUGUGUUGAUAGUGACCAGUCAUACUGUAUUCACACUGUCAAAAUCCGCUAUCAUUCCUCAUAUUUACCAUCUCUUUGAGGACACAGUAAGUGAGGAGCGGCCGCAGUUUUACUAUAUGUUUUACUAGAUUCUAAAUGUUAUGCAGGGGUGUCAGGGAUCACACUUCUAAUGUGCUGUGAUGUACCCCUAUCUGCUACUUUUCACUGCUACUUGUAUGACUAUAUGUAUGAUAAUACCUUUCUUCUGUUGUGUCAUGUAUAUUACAUAAAUAGUUAUAUUAAAAA